AAAGUACUGAUUUUUCUAUCUAUAUAUAUAUUCCCUCUUACCAUAAAAAACCAAAAGAAAAAGAAACAAAGAUGAUGAACAAAGGCCAACAAAGCAUGGCAUCUUCUUCUAAAACUACCUUACCACUACUAAUAACCAUUUUGGUUUUGGGUUUUCUCUCCAUUGUUGCAUUUGGUGAUAACAAUUAUGGUCCAACAAAUCCUCUAUUAUACUGCAGUGAUGACUUUGCUGAUCAACUUGAAGCAAGGAAAUUCAAUGUAUCAGGCUGCAAGAAAUUGCGCACUCUAGACGCCGAGUUUGCCUGGAACUACAGCAAUUUGACCACCACCAACAACAGCACCAACACCACCACCGUCAAUGGCACACUCAUUGAGAUCUUUUUCCGGGCAAAGCUCAGACACUAUGAAGGGUGGGUAGCAUGGGGUGUGAACCCAGGAAAGAAGCCACAGAUGGUGGGAACCAAAGCCAUCAUAGCCAUCAAACACAACAAGGGGACGACGGAUGUGCACACGUAUGACGUAACCAAAGAGACAAGAAAGGGUUGCAGGCUUUGGCCGACGUCUCCAUCGGAGUUUGGGCUAAAUGUGUUGGAUAAGCAAGCAUGGAGCAAUGGCACUAAGCAAUGCACUACUCUGUAUGCAAAGUUGAUCCUUCCUUUUCCAGAGUAUAACAUAACUAGGCUUAACCAUGUGUGGCAAGUUGGAGAUGAUGUUAAUGGUGACCAACCAUUGCAGCACAGAGUCACCCUUCAGAAUGUGGAUAGCACUGAGACAAUUAACAUCACUUCUCCCGAUGGCCAAAGCUAUGGUCAGAACCGGAGAUUCCUUAGAUCAGUGCAUGGAGUUCUAAACAUCAUAGGGUGGGGAACACUACUACCAAUUGGAGUAAUAAUAGCUCGGUACUUUAGAGUGUUUCCAUUUAUUUGGGACAAAGUUUGGUUCAAUAUCCACGUUGGUUUCCAAUUAACUGGUUUUCUAAUUGGCACUGCUGGUUGGGCUAUUGGUCUUAGUCUUGGAAGAUCUUCAGAGUAUUACACCUUCCACACGCAUCGAACCUUUGGCAUUCUCAUUUUCACAUUUAGCACAAUCCAAGUAAUAUUCUUCUUCUCUCUCUUUUUUGUCUAUAGUUUGAUUUCUACAAUUUAUAUCUUAAUAAAGCCAUGCAUGCACAUAUAUAGUUGUAUGUAAGAUGAAGCUAAUUUUUAUGCAGAUUUAACCAAUAAA